GCGAGAAGAGGAUGUGAGGCCGAGGGACCUGGGUCCUGAAUGUGAGGCUGUCAAGGGCGCGCUAGGGACCAACGUGGAUGGCCGGGAGACCGCUGCAGCUCCUGGGACCGCUUCACCGCGUCGAGUGAAGCUGCGCGCGGGAUCUGGAGGCGGAGACCUUAGGCGGCGGCUGCACAGGGGCGAGCCGGGCGCAGGAGGGGGCGCGCUUUCUCCCUGCGGGUCUCAGUAAUGAGGAGACUGAGUUUGUGGUGGCUGCUGAGCAGGGUCUGUCUGCUGCUGCCGCCGCCCUGCGCACUAGUGCUGGCCGGGGUGCCCGGCUCCUCCUCGCACCCGCAGCCCUGCCAGAUCCUCAAGCGCAUCGGGCACGCGGUGAGGGUGGGCGCGGUGCACUUGCAGCCCUGGACCACGGCCCCCCGCACGGCCGGUCGCGCUCCGGACGGCAGCCGGGCAGGCGCCCCGCGGGAUGAGCCGGAGCCUGGGACUUGGCGGCCCCCGGCGCCCUCGCCUGGCGCACGCUGGUUGGGGAGCGCCCUGCAUGGCCGGGGGCCGCCCGGCGCCCGGAAGACGGGAGAGGGUACUGGGGCCGAGACCUUGUGGCCGCGGGACGCGCUCCUAUUCGCCGUGGACAACCUGAACCGCAUGGAGGGGCUACUGCCCUACAACCUGUCUUUGGAAGUAGUGAUGGCCAUUGAAGCGGGCCUGGGAGAUCUGCCGCUUUUGCCCUUCUCGUCCCCCAGCUCGCCGUGGAGCAGCGACCCCUUCUCCUUUCUGCAGAGCGUGUGCCACACUGUGGUGGUGCAAGGGGUAUCCGCGCUGCUUGCCUUCCCCCAGAGCCAGGGCGAGAUGAUGGAGCUCGACUUGGUCAGCGCAGUCUUGCACAUCCCGGUGAUCAGCAUCGUGCGCCGCGAGUUUCCGCGGGAGAGUCAGAAUCCCCUUCACCUACAACUGAGUUUAGAAAAUUCAUUAAGUUCUGAUGCUGAUGUCACUGUCUCAAUCCUGACCAUGAACAACUGGUACAAUUUUAGCUUGUUGCUGUGCCAGGAAGACUGGAACAUCACUGACUUCCUCCUCCUUACCCAGAAUAAUUCCAAGUUCCAUCUCGGGUCUAUCAUCAAUAUCACUGCUAACCUCUCCUCCACUGAGGACCUAUUGAACUUCCUGCAGGUACAGCUUGAAAGUAUUAAGAACAGCACACCCACAAUGGUGAUGUUUGGCUGUGACAUGGAAAGUAUCCGGCGGAUUUUUGAAAUUACCACCCAGUUUGGGGUAACACCCCCCGGGCUUCAUUGGGUGUUGGGAGAUUCUCAGAAUGUAGAAGAACUGAGGACAGAAGGCCUGCCCUUAGGGCUCAUUGCUCAUGGAAAAACAACACAGUCUGUGUUUGAGUACUACGUUCAAGAUGCCAUGGAGUUGGUCGCAAGAGCUAUAGCCACAGCCACCAUGAUCCAGCCAGAACUUGCUCUCAUUCCCAGCACGAUGAACUGCAUGGACGUGGAAACUACAAAUCUUACUUCAGGACAAUAUUUGUCAAGGUUUCUAGCCAACACCACUUUCAGAGGCCUCAGUGGUUCCAUCAGAGUAAAAGGUUCCACCAUCAUCAGCUCAGAAAACAAUUUUUUCAUCUGGAAUCUGCAACAUGACCCCAUGGGAAAGCCAAUGUGGACUCGCUUGGGCAGCUGGCAAGGGGGGAAGAUUGUCAUGGACUAUGGAAUAUGGCCAGAGCAGGCCCGGAGGCACAAAACCCAUUUUCAGUACCCAAGGAGACUACAUUUGAGAGUGGUUACCCUGAUCGAGCAUCCAUUUGUCUUCACAAGGGAAGUAGAUGAUGAGGGCUUGUGCCCUGCUGGCCAGCUCUGUCUAGACCCCAUGACUAAUGACUCUUCCAUAUUGGACAGCCUUUUCAGCAGCCUCCAUAGCAGUAAUGAUACAGUGCCCAUCAAAUUCAAAAAGUGUUGCUAUGGAUAUUGCAUUGAUCUGCUGGAAAAGCUAGCAGAAGAUAUGAACUUUGAUUUUGACCUCUACAUUGUUGGGGAUGGAAAGUAUGGAGCCUGGAAAAAUGGGCACUGGACUGGGUUGGUGGGUGAUCUUUUGAGUGGGACUGCACACAUGGCAGUCACUUCCUUCAGCAUUAAUACUGCGCGAAGUCAGGUGAUAGAUUUCACCAGCCCCUUCUUCUCCACCAGCUUGGGCAUCUUAGUGAGGACCCGAGACACAGCAGCUCCCAUAGGAGCCUUCAUGUGGCCACUCCACUGGACAAUGUGGCUGGGGAUUUUCGUGGCUCUACAUAUCACUGCCAUCUUCCUCACUCUGUAUGAAUGGAAGAGCCCCUUUGGUAUGACUCCCAAGGGGCGGAACAGAAGUAAAGUCUUCUCCUUUUCUUCAGCCUUAAAUGUCUGUUAUGCCCUCUUGUUUGGUAGAACAGCAGCCAUCAAACCACCAAAAUGUUGGACUGGAAGGUUUCUAAUGAACCUUUGGGCCAUUUUCUGUAUGUUUUGCCUUUCUACAUACACAGCAAACUUGGCUGCUGUCAUGGUAGGUGAGAAGAUCUAUGAAGAGCUUUCUGGAAUACAUGACCCUAAGCUGCAUCAUCCCUCCCAAGGCUUCCGAUUUGGAACUGUCCGAGAAAGCAGUGCUGAAGAUUAUGUGAGGCAAAGCUUUCCGGAGAUGCAUGAGUAUAUGAGAAGGUACAAUGUACCAGCUACCCCCGAUGGAGUGGAGUAUCUGAAGAAUGAUCCAGAGAAACUAGACGCCUUCAUCAUGGACAAAGCCCUUCUGGAUUAUGAAGUGUCAAUAGAUGCUGACUGCAAACUUCUAACUGUGGGGAAGCCAUUUGCCAUAGAAGGAUACGGCAUUGGUCUCCCACCCAACUCUCCAUUGACCUCCAAUAUCUCUGAGCUAAUCAGUCAAUACAAGUCACAUGGGUUUAUGGAUGUGCUACAUGACAAGUGGUACAAGGUGGUUCCCUGUGGCAAGAGAAGUUUUGCUGUCACUGAGACUUUGCAAAUGGGCAUCAAACACUUCUCUGGACUCUUCGUGCUGCUGUGCAUUGGAUUUGGCCUGUCCAUCCUGACAACCAUUGGCGAGCACAUCGUGUACCGGUUGCUGCUACCACGAAUCAAAAACAGAUCCAAGCUGCAGUACUGGCUCCACACCAGUCAGAGACUACAUAGAGCACUGAACACAUCAUUUGCAGAGGAAAAGCAGCAGUGUUUCAAGACAAAACGUGUGGAAAAGAGGUCCAACAUGAGACCCAGUCAGUUCACCGUGUGGAAUACUUCCAAUCUGAGUCAUGACAACCGACGAAAAUACAUCUUUAGUGAUGAGGGGGGACAAAACCAGCUGGGUAUUCGAACCCACCAGGACAUCCCUCUUCCUCCAAGAAGAGAGCUCCCAGCCUCACUGACCACCAAUGGAAAAGCAGACCCCCUAAAUGUAGCUCGGACCUCAGUGAUGCAGGAACUCUCAGAGCUUGAGAAGCAGAUUCAAGUGAUCCGGCAGGAGCUUCAGCUGGCUGUGAGCAGGAAAACAGAGCUGGAAGAGUAUCAAAGGACGAAUCGGACCUGUGAGUCCUAAGUGAUCACACUGCUCCCCUUUCUCAGUUCUGGGCAUUCUGCUGAGCCCUUGAGACACUUUGUAAUGCUCUUUUGUAACCAUUGGCACAGUGUGUGGAGGCUAAGGUCCAGGUCUUUUCAGAGGUCAGGUCUGUCCUCUCUAGCCUAAAAUGCAGCCGCAGCUCUUCCCAAGUUCACUACUCUCUAGGUCACCAGGGUAGGAGUCUUUUUCAUAGGGUAAAUCUUAAAAUUAGUUAGGAGUAAGCUCCAUGGAAGAGAUCUGUGAAUAACCAGGCAGCCCCAGCUCCUGUUAACCUUUUCACCAGGUGCCACAGGAAUAAUUUCUGGUUUUUAGCCCUUUCUCUGCACUAUCAACAAGAGAUAAAACUGUUGGUCAUACUUCCGUUUUACUGGGUUGUUGGUUUUAAUCUUAAUAUAGAACAGGAUUUUCCAGGGUUGAAGCUUUUGAUACAACUACGCAAUCUAAAUUUGGUCCUACAUUGCGAAUGGGGAGCAGGGUAAGAGCAGCCUUCCCCACCCCACCUCGCUUGAGGGAUACUUAAAAGUUUAACAGAUCUCAUCAGUAUCACAGCAGUUCAGGGACUGAUUGGAUCAGACAAGAGCCACAUUUUGGAGAAGGUUCUGGGUCUCUGAUUCCACCCUGACCAACACUAAGCAGGUACCUGUUUACACACCGUUAUGAAAGGGGGCAGGGAUGUAGUGAUUGGGAAUGGGACAAGCAGAAGACAUUUGAAAGACACAUCAUGCUUUUAGAACAAAAGCUGCAGGAGAGAAAUGCAACCUGGCUAAGGAACAAACAGAACUAUACUUACAACCUAACCCAGCUUCUCCACUAUAGUGUGUGCCUUUUAAAGAGGGGGUAAAAGUAAAAAUAAAAAAAAAUUAAAUUAAAUUAAAAAAAAAACAGGAGAGAAAAGCAAAGGUUGUGGCCUUAGGAUGAUCCUGGUAUAUGUCUGCUUGUUGCCGCUACAGAAUAUGUGAGGUGGGUUAAGUGAAAUGUUCUGCACACCACGUACGAGGCCAUUUCACAUCAGCGGUCACCUGUAUCUUAGCAUAGGAAUCUCGGAAGUGAACUUUGACCCUGUGAACAUCACAGGCUUCGGCAUUCAGGAAUCUGCCCUGUACUUUGCAUAUCUGCAUAGAUAAUUAUCAAGUCCCCCCCCCCCCCCAUCCUCACAUUCCCUCAUCUCUGAGGAGCUAAGAUCAGAUUUUGGACCUUCUGAUUAUCUUCCAGGUCCUAUCCAAUCCCCCCCCAAAAGGCAGAUAUAACUAACCCAGCUUGUCCUCUGCCUGGGCCUUCCUUUCCCAGCACACAACUGCUUAAGCAUGCAGAAAGGGAAAGCAAUAGGGGUAUGCUAGUUUUUCAGUUCCAAAUGUUCGAGUAGGUAAAUAUCAUCUAGGAAACUCAAGAGAAUGCUGAUUGCUAAGACCCUUCCCCAGAGACUAGAGAGGUGAGUUCUGGAGGUGAGCUCAGAAAUUAUAUUGUUAUCCCCGGCAACCAACACUGACAGUCCAAAAAUUACUCUGAGAAACAAGUACUCUGGAAGUUUGGCUGUCCCCAGGUAUGGGAAGACAUGAGAAGAGAAAGUCUUUUGGUUUUCUGUCAUUUCUUAAAGAAUAAUUUUGGCAUACAUCUGCUGAUUGACUUUUCACACCCCCACUCCAGGGCACCAUGUAGGAGUGGACUUUCCUGUUUAUCAGUUACUUCUCUAUCUUCUCAGUACUGUUAUUCCAUCCCAAUACCUUUGAGGGUCUGCAGUAGGUUCACAUGACGGCCUGUGCCAAGCACUGUGCUAACAGCUGCAGUAAUUGGGAAAGUGUCUCAGUCAUAAAAUUUCUCCUACUUUCAGAUACCAUGUCCACCAAGAGCUACCCAGUUCCCCUGGGGAAGCCAAUACCUUAGCUGUAAUUAGAUAACACCUUAGCAAUUCAUUACUUGACUGAGAAAACCUUGGGGUGGUGGUAAACUCUGGGACACUGGUAAGGGAGGUGGGAGGGCUCUAAAGUUAGACUUACCAGAAACAGUUCAACAGGGGAAGAGGUGAUUUCUGGAACUAGAUAAGGACCAUUCUGUUGGUUCUUACCCCAAGCCCAGAAGUAGGUUCACCACUGCCUUUGAAAGUUAGAACCUUUAGUAAUCCCCAUCCAUCAACAACAGCAAAGGCACUGUCGCGUCUCUGCCAUCAUGCUCUGCACACCCCUGAAACUCCGCAGUCCAGAAGGCUGAUGUACAGGUGUACCUCAAUUUACACAACAGCCAUGCUCCUAAUGUUGUACACGGACAUUUUUAUAACUCAACACAUGUUCUGACUGUAUUUGAGAAGCUGGCUAUAUAAGGGAAUCCAGAGGUGAAUUCUUUUGUAAAGUAAAGAACCCUUUUGUAACGCAAUUAUCCCUUAAUGUAUCUGUUUUGUAAGUUUGGAUUUUUGUAUUAUCGGGUUUACCUUAAGCUUCUCUACUGAGGCAUUCUGAGCAGUGGUGAUCACAUGCCAGACCACCCCACCUAUCCACAAAGUAGGUGACCAGCGCCUGCUCCACAAGUACCUGCUGAGGAACUGCCUGGACAAAAUUGUGGCCAGGAUGCAGCGGCGGCUGAAGGCAGUCUUACUGCUGUCUACACUGCUGGAGAUGCCUCCAUGUUCAGGAUGAAAAAAAACCAUAAUUGCUUGUGGUGAAAUGAAGCAGUCUCCAUGUUAAGUAGCAAUGGUUAUUUUUAUCGAUAGUAAUUGAACAGUGUUUUGCAAUUUGUGAGACAGUGUGUUAUGUUUUGUAAAAAGAUUUCAUGAAAUAGUGGGUCCUUGAAAAACUUUCUGUUCUGCUCCACCUGUUUCUCUCAACUCCGCUCAGGCUCAAAUAAGACAGAUCAAAAGCCCUCUGGCAGAGGAUGGUAUUUUAGUAAAGAAGCUGCCUGGCCUGCACUUGUGGGUUCCCAUUUCAUCAGAUCAGGAUUCUUUUCCAACCUCUCGUGCUGGAAAUCUGGAAUAUGACAGACUGUGUCACAUACCCCAACCCUAUAUUCCAAGGGGGAAACUCCUGGUCCAGGCACUCAGUUAAGCUAGGCUGAGCUAGAACACAUACCGCUAUUUGGCUCAUGUAAAUAAGAAUGAGGGCCCCAGAGUGUUGCAUGUCUCAAGGUAGACAAAGGGAUUCUUCUACCAACUAAAAACAGGUUGGAGGAAUGACUGAGACAUCCAAGUGAGGCAGCCUCAAGGUCCAGUCAAGGUCUUUAUGUUCCUGAAGGUGACUCUAUUUCUCAUGAAUCCUGUUGCUGCACAAACCCUACACAGGAGCCGCUGCUUCCCUUCCAUGCAGAGAAGUGGUAAGUGGAGCAAGUGUCAAGCAGAAGAGAGCUAAUCAUCAGGGUAACAGACUUCUCAGUGUUGGUGCUGGGUGUACAACUGCCUUGGAGCAAGUUAAGCAUUUCCUUGGUGUGGAUAAAGAAUGAAGGGGAAAGAAAUGACUUUAGAGCCUCCUUUCCUCCCAAGUCAUAUUUUUGUAGGCAAACCAGAAAAUCUAACCAGUCUCAAAAGAAAUUGCUUUCAAGUCACUAAAACCACUGUACUAUCGGCAGUGUUUAGUUAUUCCUUUCUUCACCCUCCUAGACCACCCAUCUAAUCCAGUACUCACCCAUUCCUUUUAGUUUCGUUACUAAUCAUUUUAUGAAAAUAAUGUACUAUUAAGUAUUUUCUUAAGGUCUGUGAAAAGUAUUUGCAUUGUGUCUUCAUUUUAAUGUGUUUGCAAUUGCUCCGCUCCAGGAAGAACUGAAACGCUGUCUUGUGAGCAUGAAGUGAACAGGCUGUUUUGCUCCAGCCACUUUCUUGUACAACCACGUGGAUGGACUAGAUGUCCUCAGGUCUUUUCCAUCUUCAGUUUCUAUGACUGUGGAAUAAAUGUUCAGAUAGAAACUUCACUUUUGGAUGUACUAUUGGCAUUGCCCUUGGUGACCCA